AUGGGGGAAGGAGAUUUUGAUGUCGUUGUUCUUGGAACAGGUCUUGUUGAAUCCAUGACUGCUGCAGCACUCUCUAAAGCAGGUUUCAAAGUAGCGCACCUCGAUGUGAACCCAUACUAUGGUGGAGAUGAGGCCAGCCUUUCCCCUGAGGAACUCAUACAAUGGGCAGACCAGCGACUGUCUCCUCAAAACGCCUCGCCAUAUAUGACCUCACAACGUGUUAAGUACACGUCCGUCCAGCACUCGUCUGUGAUACCUGACCAUGCAAGGCAUUAUUCGAUAUCACUCUGCCCGUCUCUCAUCCCCUCUACCGGAUCACUCAUCUCUUCUCUCGUUGCUUCUGGAGUUUCACGAUACGGUGGCUACAGACUACUCGAGAGGGUCGGAAUAUAUGACCGCGCGACAGGGAUCAGAAAUGUGCCGGGGAGUAAGGAGGACGUCUUCAAGUCCAAGGAGAUGAGCUUGGUCGGAAAACGAAGACUAAUGCGUUUUCUCUUGUUUGCGUCUGGCGAUUUCGAGAAUAGCUCGGAGCUACAAGGCAAGACCGAGGUACCGUUCCUUGCGUUCCUAAAGGACGUGUGGUCUUUGGAACAGCAGGUCUCAGAAGCGAUCGCGUAUGCACUGGCAUUCUGUGUGUCACCCGAAGAUCAAACACUUCUUGCUUUGACACGGUUGCGGCGUUACCUUCGUUCAUCUGGCCGUUAUGGGGCUUCGCCAUUCCUUGUAGGUCACUACGGCGGGUUAGGAGAGAUUGCUCAAGGGUUCUGUCGUGUAUCCGCUGUAAAUGGUGGUGUUUACAUACUUGGCCGGAAGGUCAAUUCGAUCACUCAACCGACAGAAACCGAAGAUCCUUCAGACGACAAGGGCAGAUAUGUAGUUGAUCUUGACGACUUUCCUGAACAUCUCACAACUGAUCUCAUCAUUUCAUCCCCCGACCUCCUACCAGAGAACCUACGGAAGAUAUCUUCUGUACCUCCUGCGCAAGGACCGUCGAUGACGCAGUCGGUCGCAAGAUGCAUCGCUAUCCUUGACGCCCCGCCGCAAUUUCCUGCAACACUAACGCCCGAAACUACGGAAAGUAGCACGGAGACAGAGGAAGGACCGACGCAGUCCCAUGAUAAGCCGAUCGAUACGUCGGUCAUCGUCUUCCCCCCUUCAUCUAUAGCAGACGGGUCAGAUACCGUCGCUCUACAUGCAUUCAUCACCGGCGAGGGCAGUAUGUCCGCGCCAAAGGGCAAAUAUAUCGCCUACCUUUCCUUGCUGUUGGAGAAUUCCAACUCAUCAGCGUCCACCGAAACGAUCCUCAAACCUUACCUCGAUGCAAUCAUUUCCCUCUCAAAGUCUUCAUCCUCUUCCAGUGUCGACUCUGAAGCAACAUUGGCCUCUGACCCGCUGUUCACGAUGUAUUAUACUCAACACCCAACGCUCACACCCACUCCAGCAACAUCCAAUACGCCACCAACAAUCCUUGUCAGCCCAUCCAUCCCAUAUGAUUUAGCAGAGUGUGCGGAUGCUGCCAGUACUGCAGCGGAGUCGCUGUUUCUCAGGACCGUGGAGGUGCACAAGGCGAGGCACCCUGAGGCAUGGGUCGUCGGUACGACGGGUGACAAAGAAGUGGGAAGUGGGGGGGAUGUAUUCGAGGAGAUCAAAGCGUUCUGGCCGCCUCUGGAUGGGGAGCCAGACGAAGAAAUGGAGGAAUGGUAGAUCUAGAGUGCGGAACUUGUUCAUGUUUGACUUGAUUUUGUCUUACCGUUGUAUUACUGAGUCUAUGUAACGCUAGAUCUUUGCACUU